AUGGUCCAGGACCCCUCGCCCACACAGAAUCUCGCCCACAAAGAAACCACCGCCCACAAACUCACCCACACAGAACCCCUAGCCCACAAGAACUCAUCGCCCACAAAGAAACAAUCGGCCACACACUCGCCCACACAGAACCUCUCGCCCACACAGAACCCCUCGCCCACACUGAACCCCUCGCCCACACAGAACCUCUCGCCCACACAAAAACCCUCGCCCACACAGAACCUCUCGCCCACACAGAACCUCUCGCCCACACAAAACCCCUCGCCCACACAGAACCUCUCGCCCACACAGAACCUCUCGCCCACACAGAACCUCUCGCCCACACAAAACCCCUCGCCCACACAGAACCUCUCGCCCACACAGAACCUCUCGCCCACACAAAACCCCUCGCCCACACAGAACCUCUCGCCCACACAGAACCUCUCGCCCACACAGAACCUCUCGCCCACACAAAACCCCUCGCCCACACAGAACCUCUCGCCCACACAGAACCUCUCGCCCACACAAAACCCCUCGCCCACACAGAACCUCUCGCCCACACAGAACCUCUCGCCCACACAGAACCUCUCGCCCACACAAAACCCCUCGCCCACACAGAACCUCUCGCCCACACAGAACCUCUCGCCCACACAAAACCCCUCGCCCACACAUAACCUCAGUAUCAUAUCUGUAGACGUCCUCAGUGUCAUAUCUGUAGCUGUAGACGUCCACAGUGUCUAA